AUGACAUCACCAUUAGAGAAAUUGAGGAAUGACGUAUACAAAGACGACCAAGUGGGAAAAAUCGAAGCCAAAACAUCUUGCAGGCUCAUCUCUGAAGAUGGCAACAAAAUGAUUUAUGAGGGUAAUUACCCAGUGGAGCCAUACAAAGAAGGAGCCAGAGGUACCUAUGGUGGUGAUUUCAUUGCCCAAGGUCUCAAUGUUGCUUGGGAAUCUGUUGGUAGACCCAAUUUCCAACCACACUCAAUACAUUCAUAUUUUGUGAAAGCUGGUUCAAAAGAUAGUCUUCUUAGAUGGGAGGUUAUCAAAGUUUCCGACUCAAGAAGUUUUUCCAAUAGAAUUGCCCUUGCUUAUCAAUCACACACGAACCAAUUGUGUUUCACUUUACAAUGUUCAUUCACAAAAGAUAAUCAUCUUGACAAGAGAGAUGCUGAUCAUCAAAAAUUAAUUGCAUCCGGGGCUGACAUCAAGACCGUACCGUUUCAAUUCAAGAGAAACCCAAAUCCCAAAUUUUUCAAAUAUAAGGAUGAAAUUGAAGAUUUGCUUUAUUUUGAACACACAAAUGGAAAUAUUGCCCAUGCUAUACCACGAGAAAUAUUUAGUAAGACCAAAAAUUUCGACAUGAACAGGAUAGGUGAUGAGGAACUCGGUUUUUAUGUCAAAUUUUUGGAUGAUUACAAUUUGGGCAAGGAUUACGUUAGACAAUCAUUUUUGGGGUUGGCGUUCUCUUCUGACUCAUUGUGGUUGGCUACACUUGUAAAAGCACUUGGGUUACCAGUAACGCUGAAAGAUGCCGAUUUCUUUAGAGUCAGUUUAGAUCACACAUUGUAUUUUCAUGAUUUAAAUUUUGAUUCAAGUACGUGGCUUUAUGUUGAUUACAGGUUCUUGUCCAUGGGUAAUAAUCGAAUUUUGGCGGUGAUUAAUUUCUAUACAUUGGAUGGUAAGGCCAUUUGUACUGCUGUUCAAGAGGCAUACGGGUUUUUGCCUGGGGAAUUGAUUGAAAAAUCAAGAAAACAACAUGAAAAGUACCAUGGGAAGAGUGCUACUAGUAUUAGUAGUAGCGAUGGUGUUAGGACACAACAAGUUGCAAAGUUGUGA